UUGAAGAAGGCUUACAGAAAGGCUGCCAUUAAGAAUCAUCCUCAUAAGGGUGGAGAUCCAGAAAAGUUCAAGGAGUUGGCCCAGGCUUAUGAGGUUUUGAGUGAUCCAGAGAAACGUGAAAUUUAUGAUCAGUAUGGUGAGGAUGCGCUCAAGGAAGGAAUGGGAGGAGGUGGUGGUGGCCACGACCCCUUUGACAUCUUAUCAUCUUUCUUUGAAGGAGGAAGCCCAUUUGGAGGUGGUGGCAGCAGCAGAGGAAGGAGGCAGAGGAGGGGAGAAGAUGUUAUGCAUUCUCUUAAGGUGUCGCUGGAGGAUAUUUACAGUGGAACAUCAAAGAAAUUGUCCCUCUCUCGCAAUGCCAUCUGCUCCAAGUGCACUGGAAAGGGUUCAAAAUCUGGUGCUUCAAUGAAAUGUUCUGGUUGCCAAGGUUCUGGCAUGAAAGUUUCUAUCAGGCACCUAGGUCCCUCUAUGAUCCAGCAGAUGAAACAUCCUUGUAAUGAGUGUAAGGGUACUGGAGAGACCAUCAGCGAUAAGGAUCGCUUCCCUCAAUGCAAAGGUGAGAAGGUUGUCCAGGAGAAGAAGGUGUUGGAAGUGCAUGUUGAGAAGGGAAUGCAUAAUGGACAGAAGAUUACCUUCCCUGGAGAGGCCGAUGAAGCGCCAGAAACUGUCACUGGGGAUAUAGUUUUUGUCUUGGCUCAGAAAUAUCAUCUUAAGUUUAAGCGAAAGGGUGAUGAUUUGUUUGACUGA